UUUGAUCUCCCUUUUGUAGCAAAGAUAAGAUAAUGUCAGCACUCGUCGCUAUCUUAUCAAUUCCUCUGAACUAACGUUACAAGUCAUUCAGUAUUGAUUGCCCCUUGCUUCGAAGUAAAAGUUCAAAAAAAAAAAAUAUGCAGCAAAUAAGCAAAUUAAAAAUAUUAAUAAUUUUACUAAUAACAAGUGAAGUUUCUUUAGAACUCCUACAGCUCAAUGAAGUUGAACGUUUCUGUUAUCCGGAAUUUCAUCAAAAUACAAGGAGAUCUUGUGAAUGCAUUGAGGAAAACGAUCCACCCUGGGGUCUACGUGCCGUUAACAUUGAUUGCAGCUUUAAAAAUUUCUUAACAUCUGACUUAACGGAGGUAUUGCCUCUCUUCAGCGAUACUCUACAUCUUAAUUGGAAUGCUCUAGAAACGAUUCCUCAACUAAGCAGCGAUAGUUUACGUUUACUAAAUUUAAUGCACAAUAACAUCUCCUUAGUCACCGCCAAUAAUUUUGCAAAGGUUAAAAAUCUAAAGGAACUGUACCUUAGCUGGAAUAGUAUACAGAUCAUCGAACCGAAUGCCUUUGGGGAAUUGAACAGUUUGCAAACUCUUGAUUUAUCCCAUAAUAAUUUGCAUAUUUUGGAAUUUAAUAUAUUCUCACCUCUUAAGGUCUUGGACUCGUUAUAUCUUUCCUGGAAUCGUAAUCUGAACAAUACUGAAGGCAUACAAAAUAUCGAUUUUUAUACUCUAUUUGGCAUCAAUGACAAUUUAAGGGUUUUACGAUUGCAAUCGUGUUCUCUAAAUAACACCGUAUUCCCAGAAAGAGUGGCUCUACAAGAACUUGAUUUAAGAUGUAAUGCUCUAAAAAGGAUACCGGAAUCUUUACCCGACACCUUAGAAAAGCUAGAUAUUGGUGAUAAUCUGCUUGAAACUCUACAAGAUAUCGAUACUAAGCAUUUAACACAUGUACGAGAAUUCUAUAUGGAUGAUAUGUCCUAUCUUACAACAAUCGAAGAAAAGGCUUUAUUUCCCCUUAAAUCUGUCGAAAAGAUAAGUUUCCAAAAUAAUCGCCGUUUGAAGUCCAUACAUGAGCUGGCUUUUGGUGCGAACGCAACACAUUCGCCCAGCCUACAUUCGAUUAUAUUUCGUGGCUCUGCUUUGCAUAGUUUCAACAUCACUCUUGCGAGAAUUUUUCACCAACUCAACGUAUUGGAUCUUAAUGGGGUGCCGUUACGGUGCGAUUGCCAGCUAGCUUGGCUAAAAGAUUUAACUAUCGAAACAAAUGGUCGUUGCAUUCAACCGCCACGUUUACGUGGCUUAAGUUUAAGAAAUAUACGCUCUAAAGAUUUUAGUUGCGAAACCUGGCCUCGUUGGUUGACGAGCAUCAUAAUCUUUAGUCUCAUUGUAGUCUGCUCGUUGGCAAUAUAUCUAAUAGUUAUCGGUUUACGACCUUUCGGCGCUGUCGUAAUGCGAAGAAAAAUUGGUGUUAACAGUCCUUACGCUCGCGUUACCAUUGAACCAAAUCGUCAAGAGAGCUACUAAGCAGUUUCAUC